GUUUCUUAGUGGUUAGAAAAAUUUAUUUUGUUGAUUUAACACAAUUCAAUGUUAUUUAUUAUGGUUAUUUGAUAAAAGAAAAAUGACUAGUAGACAGAUCAUUUCAUUGUGAAACAGCAUGCAAGCAACAUAGCAAUUUCGAGACCCGAAUGAAUACCAUUCCUCGUUGAGGGUUGUGUGAACACUAUAAGCCAAAAAGGAAUAGUCAUUAGCAGCUUACGUGUAUCUGUCUAAUAUUGCUUUAAGUCCUAAAUACACAUUCCAAGGCAUGGGUUAUGGUCCGGAGAACCCAAUCACUAGUUGGAUACGAUCUGUGCGCAAACUCCAGUUAAAUAAAUUGUUUUUGCGUGUAUUUUCUUCUGGUGUAAUGUAUGGUACAGUACUUGCAUUGGCCUCACAGCGGUAAAAAGGGUUAAUCAGAUAAAUCACUCCGGUGUCUCCACCUUUAGGACGUCACACACUCUUGAAGAGGGUCCUCUGGAUCCCCUGUUGAGGUAUGCCCUGCACAAUAAGAAAUGUGAAAUCAGACGUAGCGCUGUCAAGAAGAGGUUGUACGCUGCCUGCGUAUUUGUAGGGAAAAACUAACACCAGCUUCCUACGCAAGACAUCUGGGAAGUGAGCAGCAAGAAAGCGUUCUUUGGGGAUAACGCACAAUACACUUAUUCUGGAGUUGUAGUCUGCUUCCUUUGCUAAUCUGGCUGUGGGACUCGAUCAAUACGAAGAAAACUCGUCCUCAUAUAUUUACCAACAAUUUCCUUUGAGUGCAACAUCUUGAAUGUAGAUGAACUGUCUUUGCGUUUUACCUUGUAGGCGAGAUAUUUCACACGAAAAACAGGUCCUGAAGAUGCAGUUAGAAAUAAGGUUAUUUACAUGGGUAUCAGUUUCCUUUUGUCUUUAUACUUGGAAGGAGUAAACCAAAACAGAGCAGCAAGUCUUUUGCCUUGUUCCAACAGUAACGUGCUUUAUCAAAAGAUGAAUCAAUUUGUCAUAAGAGUGAUGUCACUGUACAGUGUAGUUCUCUGCUGUGCCUCCUUUUUCAGAUCAGUGUUGAGCCAGGACAAAACAAGAACACAUGCAGAGGAGCGUCUCUUCAAGCAGUUGUUUACUGGCUAUAACAGAUGGUCCCGUCCUGUACCGAACAUCUCAGACAUUGUCAUUGUCAAGUUUGGUUUGUCUAUUGCACAGCUAAUAGAUGUGGAUGAGAAGAAUCAAAUGAUGACAACGAAUGUGUGGCUUAAGCAGGAAUGGAAUGAUUACAAACUACGCUGGAAUCCUGCAGACUUUGAUAAUGUCACAUCCAUCAGAGUCCCUUCUGAAAUGAUCUGGAUUCCUGACAUUGUUCUCUACAACAAUGCAGAUGGGGAGUUUGCUGUGACUCACAUGACAAAAGCUCAUUUAUUCUAUAGUGGGAAGGUGAAGUGGGUACCUCCAGCCAUUUAUAAGAGCUCCUGCAGCAUUGAUGUGACUUUCUUCCCCUUCGAUCAGCAGAACUGCAAGAUGAAGUUUGGAUCAUGGACAUAUGACAAAGCCAAGAUUGAUUUAGAAAGCAUGGAGAAAAGUGUCGACCUCAAGGAUUACUGGGAGAGUGGUGAAUGGGCUAUUGUCAAUGCUGUUGGAACUUACAACACCAAGAAGUAUGACUGCUGCUCUGAGAUCUACCCGGAUAUAACAUACUAUUUCAUCAUCCGGAGGCUUCCUCUCUUUUAUACUAUCAAUCUCAUCAUUCCUUGUUUGCUGAUCUCUUGUUUGACAGUACUGGUGUUCUACUUGCCUUCUGACUGUGGAGAAAAGAUAACACUUUGUAUCUCAGUACUUCUGUCCCUCACUGUUUUCCUACUGCUGAUUACGGAAAUCAUUCCAUCUACAUCACUAGUGAUUCCACUGAUUGGGGAGUACCUUCUCUUCACCAUGAUCUUUGUUACUCUGUCUAUUGUCAUCACAGUAUUUGUAUUAAAUGUUCACCAUCGUUCACCAAGUACGCACAAGAUGCCCAAGUGGGUAAGAACAGUUUUUCUUGAUUUUAUUCCUCGUUGGCUUUUUAUGAGACGACCAGAUCCAGGAGGUGAGACCUACAUUAACCACUAUGAUGCAUCAUCAGAUAUAAAACUGAGUACAUCCAAGUACUGGCUGGAGACUGAUGUAGAUGAUAAAUGCGGAGACCUUGAAACGGGUAUACACCCCUGCCACAUGCGGCAGAUAGGAUCACAUAAUUUCAAUGACCAGUGUCAGUACCAUUCUACAAGACAGACAGCAGCUAGAAUCAACUCCACAUUAAGGUCGGCUGUGACUGAAAACCUGGUUUCAGACUCAAGCUUGAAACUAUCCCCCAGUAUUCUGAAAGCACUAGAGGGAGUGCAUUACAUAGCUGAUCACCUAAGAGCAGAAGAUGCAGAUUUUUCGGUCAAGGAAGACUGGAAGUAUGUUGCCAUGGUGAUUGACCGCAUCUUUCUCUGGAUGUUCAUCAUUGUCUGCUUGCUGGGAACUGUAGGACUCUUCCUACCACCCUUGCUUGCUGGAAUGAUUUAAGUUAUUUCUUUUUCUGGCAAAUGGAUUCCUGCCUGUCUGCAGUUUGCUUCAUUAUCGGUUUAAAUGAGUACAUAUGGACAGAAUUUGCAACACAGAAAAGCUUUACACUUUGAUCUGAAACUGGUCUCUCACUGUAAAAAUGGAAUGUUAGAAAUGUCUUUCAUUGACAGAUAUGAUUGCAAUAUGGCCGCCAUUCUGUGUGGCCAAACAGACUAACAAAGUUUUCUGUUGCAGGACCUGCAUCAAAUUGUUCAAUGAAAAGUCUCACUAAAAGGUUUUAAUAAUUUAAUUUAUAACUCUUAAAAUGUAGCACUCAUUUUAGAUAACCUGAAAAAUUAUAUGCAGAAAGAGAGAAUUAUUUUUUCUAGCUAAUUACUGAUUUCAUUCAUUGCUUUAAGUAGUUUUGAAGAAGAUAGACUUCAAUAUAUUUAUUAUAUCAGGUGAACAUUGCAUUAUGUCUUCUUCCAAGUGAGGACAUAUGGGUCUAUGUAAUUUGAACAGAUGCCUCAAAAUUUGAGAAUUCUAUGUUUCUAAAUAAAAUACAUGAUAAAUGCACUCUUUACACAAUACAGAGAAUCCACUAAUAAAAUAUUACUUUAUUCAGA